CUCUCUCUCUCUCUCUCUGCGCAAAAGGUCGGCGUGGCAGACCUUUGGCCUCUUAUCAUGGAUUCUUUAUAUUAAGAAAGUGAUCUUUUUUGUCACCCUCACUAAGUCAAGAGACGGAGGUUCCACGACAAAGAUUUGAUCUUGAAGAUGGGUGCUUGCGUUUCGGUUCAAGGAGACCCGGAUUCCGCGGCGAGAUGGCGCCUGGGAAUGGCCUCCAAGGCAAAGAGGUUCUUCGUCCCGUCGCCCGCCAAGGAGAAGGCUAUGAAGGGGGAGAAUCCAGUUGCUCGGUUUGACCUUAAGAGCCAGGACUUUGCAGGCAGUAAAGAAGAGAUCUUCUUCGAUUCACGAGCAUGGUUAGACUCUGACUGUGAAGAUGAUUUCUUUAGCGUAAAUGGAGAAUUCACUCCUUCACGCGGCAGCACCCCAAAUCAUCAAUUAAGUUCACCGUUAACCCAUCAAUUUGACAGUCGCUUCGUGUUUGAAAAAUUUUCGGACUUCAAAUCCGAACCAUCUCCAACCGGUAAAAAGAAACUCUCUGAACUUCUACAUGAGACCUCGGAUAGUGAACAAAUCGAUGUGCCAGAUUCUGCUGAAGAGAGUGUGGACAUCAAUGCGAAAUUGGAUGAAUACAAAACCAAGACCGACCGACCCGUAAAUUCAUCAAGUGCAACUCCAUUUCGGUCUGGAGUAAGUUCCAUUUGCAGUAGUGAGGCGACACCGAGGAGAGAUCUCAAGGGCCAAAAAGAGAAAACAUGGAAAACCAGCCAUUGUUGCUUGCCAAGCCUGCAGAGAUUUGGCUUAGAUGACAGGAGGCAGAAGAUGAGUCCUGGUCCCUGCACCGCAUGAUACCGAUACAGACAAUUCGAGGUCGCUGCAACUUGAGUAACUCUGGUAACAUCCAGCGACAAAAUGAGCCAUGGAUUUAUAAAUUUGCAGGGUGGCGAUAAAUAUUCUAUUAGAAGAGACAGUUCUAUCAGAGAAUGUUUUCGCAUGUGUAUAUACGCAACCGAAGAGUAUCAGCAAAAAGAAUUUCCUCGUACACAUAAAGAUGACGAUGAGAAGAAGCGAUAAGCAUCCACCAAUUACAGGUAUGUCGGAGUUAUCUAUAAGGAGUAUACACUCGAUGUCAAUAAGACCGAAAACAAUUUGUCAGUGGUUGAUUCAUGUACAAUAACAAUAAACUCCCUUUCACUGUAUCGAGGUUAACACUCAUCCGAUGUCUAUUUUAAUUUCGUGCAAUAAUUUUAUCUGCAA